AUGGUUGCGGGCAGUGGAUUGACAAAAAACCAACGGCGUCGGCUCAAAAAGCGUGCACAAAAGCAAGCAGAAGCUAAUGGCGUCACGAUGGACUACCUGAAGACUUGCAACGGCGUCUCUAAGCCAGAGCAUGAGCCGACUUUGACAUCCAACCCAGACGUGGAGAUCGAGUACGUGAGUGCUGACCCGGAAAAGGAGCUUACACUUCCGCAAGAUGAUCCAGCAUAUGAAGAAAUGAUGCGAGUUUUCGGCAAGUUUACGUCCGCUGAGGAGCUCUGCGGUGUCACGGACAACGAGGACCGCAAGGACGAUGACGAAAAUGAGGAAGCUGAAGGUUGCAAAGAUGAUGAUCAGACGAAAAAAGAGACGGAGGAGGAGCAGCUUUUAUCCAAAAAGGCGCGCAAAAAGAGCAAGCGGUUAAGUGUAGCCGAGCUCAAGCAGCUCGUGACGUACCCAGAUGUCGUGGAAGCGCACGAUGUUACGUCGUCUGACCCGCGACUGCUAGUAUUUUUAAAGUCGUAUCGCAAUACUGUACCAGUACCGCAUCACUGGUGUCACAAGCGAAAGUAUCUGCAAGGCAAGCGCGGAGUUGAGAAGCCGCCUUUUCAACUACCUGAGUUUAUUGCUCAUACAGGUAUUGCAGAAAUGAGAGAAUCUGUUGCAGAGGAUGACGAGAAGAAGAGAAACAAACAGCGUGCCAGGGAACGCGUACAACCUAAAAUGGGGCGUGUGGACAUUGAUUACCAGGUGUUGCACGACGCAUUUUUCCGCUUUCAGACCAAGCCUCAACUCACUCAGCUUGGCGAUCUGUAUUACGAAGGUAAAGAAUUUGAGGUGAAGCUUAAAUCGAAGGUCCCGGGUCAGCUCUCGAAUGAACUUAAGGCAGCACUAGGAAUGGUGGAAGGUGUGCCACCUCCGUGGUUAUUAAACGUUCAGAGAUAUGGGCCACCGCCAGCAUACCCCAAUUUGAAAAUUCCAGGGCUUAACGCGCCCAUUCCGGAGGGUGCGAGUUUUGGUUAUCAUCCUGGUGGUUGGGGCAAACCUCCUGUGGACGAGAAUGGUGUGCCUCUAUACGGAGAUGUCUUCGGCAAGGUGACUGAAGCAGAAAAUCAGGGGCAAGAAAUCAACAGAGAAAGAUGGGGGGAACUUAAUGAGCAAGUUGAAGAGGAAGAACAAGAUGGAGAUAUUGAAGAAGAAGAAGAACUAGCAGAGGGCACCCAAGAGACUAUGGGCGGUCUUGAUGCAACUGGCCUAGAUACCCCUUUAGUGGACGGAAUUUCUAGUAUUGCCUCCGGCCUCACCACGCCUGGAGUUGUGGAUUUGCGUAAAGGUCUCAGAGGUACGGAGACUCCUGAUGCUCCACAGCAGCUCUACACCGUGUUGGAGCAAAAAGAGACAUCAGUUGGAUCGUCGCUCUAUGGAUCAAGACAUGCCUACGUUGUGAAUGGCGCAGGCGAGGAGUCAAGCGGUACUCGUUCAGAAACUGGUCGGAUUCGACGUCGCUUUGAAGACGCACCUCCACCUGAAUCUAAUAAUCCUGUGGAAGACGAAGAUGAGCUCGCCAAAAAGAAAAAGAAGGCGAAAAUCGACAAGAGUAAGAAGCUUAAGGAUUUCAAGUUCUAA